CUCUCUCUCUGUUCUGCACUGUCUGUUUUUGUUUUUACCCACCAGCUGUUUUUUGUUAUCAUUCUGUUGAUUAUUCAUAAAUUAUUAAAUUUUUGUUUUCUUUUUUCCACAAAAUUACUUUAAAUUUCAAGAAAAUUUCUUUAAAAUGGCUUUAGUUGAUGUAGAUUCUUGGCAAACAGAGUUUGAAUCUUGCAAACGCUUGAGCAAUACUUUACUAUCGCAACUAAACCAAAGGGAUGGCAAACAACAUUUGUCCGCUGAAUACAAUCGUUUUACCACAGCCAUACAGGUGGGCCUGAGACAACAUGAUCGUGAGUUGCAGCAACUUAGAUUUAAACUAAACGAAGCCGAAAAGAAUAAAACACUAUCUGCAGAGGAACUUGUUCAACGAAAACGUUUGUUGGAUACUUUACAGACACAACGCCAAAAUUUGCAACGUAAAUACACUAACACGGCCAAUAAUGAUCGCGCUGCUUUAUUAGAAAAUCCUAGUUCUUCGGCUGCCGCAGCAGCUAGCGGAGAGGAUAGUGAUGCUGCACCUAUAAUAGAUGCUCAUGAUAUACAGACUUUAAAACAACAGCAAAUUAGUAUGCUAGAAGAGCAGAAUAGGGGAUUGGAUACUUUAUCUCAAACCUUAUCCAGACAAAGACAAUUGGCCACACAGUUGGGUCAAGAGGUGGAGGAUCAAAAUGAUAUUUUGGAUAAUUUGGCCAAUACUAUUGAAAGAGUGGAGACGGGUGUUAGUAUAGAGACAAGAAAUAUAGGUUUGGUUAAUAGAAGAGAUAGUAGUACAUGGGGUUACUGGGUGAUAAUCUUUACUUUAAUGGUCAUCAUUACAGUAGUGGCUGUUUUGUAAUUUAGCAAUGACGUAAAUAUCAACUCAACUCCCACUAAUUGUUGCUUGUCUUGUAGUUUGUAAGGUAUUUUUUUAUACAUACAUGUAUGUUUGUGUCUUAUUAAUUAGUUAAUUCCAAAGCUAAAGUAUACCUAAAGGAGUGUAACGUAUUUGUAUGAUAAUUAUUUAAUCAAAAUAAUAUUAAUCUUUUAUUAAUUAAGUUGUACUAUUAACUAUUAUGUAAAAUAAAUUUCAAUGUUUGUAAAAUAUGAAUAGAUAUUUUACAGCAUUUAUAAUAAAAGUAUAAUCAUA